UUGUAUUUUGGCCAUCUUCUAUUGCCACCCUAAUCAUCUCUCCCUCUCUCUCUCUUCGCUUUGCCUCCUUUUUAAACCCUUCCUUUCUCUUAUUCUUCUUCCUCAUAUCACCACCCCCUUCAUUCUUCUAUCUGUCUAUGGCCCUGUCUAAAGAAGAAGCUCAUCAUCAUGAAGCUUUCUUAUGGGAAAACCAAAAAUGGGUUCUAUCCAAUUCCGACAAUACUUCAGGCGGCAGCCAUGAGAAAUCAGAGAAGAAGGUGCUUCCGAGUUCCAACACUCUUAAUGGCCAAACACAACUAGGGAAAGAACUGGCUAAGAGUAAGCGAGGUCGAGGUGAUGUGCAUAAAAAUGGCAAGGGAAGCGAUGAUAGUGGGGCCAAACACGAAAAAGCAAGUGGUGGUGGUGGUGGUGGCUGCGGCGGCGGUGGAGAAUCGGAUCAUGAGAUACAUAUAUGGACAGAAAGAGAAAGAAGAAAGAAGAUGAGGAAUAUGUUUGCUAAUCUUCAUACUUUGCUUCCUCAACUUCCUCCAAAGGCUGACAAGUCCACCAUUGUUGAUGAGGCAGUGAACUACAUCAAAACCCUACAGCAAACACUACAGAAGCUACAAAAGCAAAAACUUGAAAGGCUUCAAGGUGCCACAGCUUUCUCUUAUGACCCAACUUUCUCUUUGAUUUGCCCACAAAAGCUAGCAGACUCAAGGGAGGCAUUCUUAGCAGAUCAGGGAUCCAAUAACUUAGCAAUUGCUUCAACCAAACCUUCAAAUAAUGUACCUUCAGUUGCAAGGUUUCCUGUGCUCUUCCAAACAUGGACUUCUUCUAAUGUUGUCUUGAACAUUUGUGGUGAUGAAGCACAAAUUAGCAUAUGCUCUUCCAAGAAGCAUUGUCUCUUCACUACUAUCUGCUAUGUGCUGGAAAAGCAUAACAUUGAGAUACUAUCUGCUCAUGUUUCCUCAGAUUGCAAUCAAAGCAUGUACAUGAUUCAAGCGCAUGUAAACAGAACUUCUGAUCAUUUCUCAGAGGCAAUGCCAGUAGAAGAAAUAUACAGACAAGCUGCAGGUGAGAUAAUGUGCUGGGUAUCUUCAUGAUCAUUACUUGGAAACGCAAACCCUAAAACUGUUUCAUAGGAGAGUAUUGCCCAAGCCUGGAUCUUCUUAUGCGUGGGUUUUGUUUUCUCCAAAGGAAAGCAAGAACUCUUCAUAUAUACAGUAGCAAAUAUACAUAUAUAUGUAAGCCUUUAUACUUUGAAGUAGGUAGCAUGCUAGGGUUUUAAUUUGUUACCUUGGAGGCCAGUUGGUCUAUGUACUUCAAUAUAUGUAGUUGCAUCUUGAUGAUAUAUGAU